AUGUAAGAAUAAUUAGAUAAUAUUGAAAUUCUUUAAAAAUUAUAUUCAGUCUAAGGUAAUACAUUUGAAGAAGUGAUUUCAAAUUUUAAAAUAUAGUAAAAAUAGCAUUUAUCAAAAUUGUUUAAAUAUAUUUCUAAAGAAAAUGAAUUAGAUUAAUUUUAAUUAAAAGGUAAUGUUAUUGGAGUUGAUAUUGAACAUACAAAUGAUAUUGGAUUUGAUGGAUAGAUCAGUAUUGUUUAAAUUAAGGAUGAAGAAGAUGUUUACAUAAUUGAUGUUAUUGAAAUUGGAUUAGAGAAUCAAAAAUUAAUCAAACUUUUAAAGUUCAUUUUUGAAGAUGAAAAAAUAAUAAAAGUAUUUUAUGCAGGAAAUACUGAUGUUUAAUGGUUGAAAAGAGACUUUUCAAUUACUAUUUAAAAUUUUUGUGAUAUCAAAGAAAUUGCUGAUAAAUGCAAACUAAGUAUGAUUCGUAAUGAUAUCUAUUAUAGAAGGAGGAAGCGCUUUGAUUUAUUUAUGGAAAUUAUAUUGCGAUCAUUAAGUUUCCAAAUCUUAUAAAACUAAUAUGUAGACUUCAGAUUGGGCUGAAAGACCUUUAACUUAAGAAUAAUUAAUUUAUGCUGCAUAUGAUUGUUAUUAUUUACCAUAUUUAAGAUAUGUAUUACUUUAAGAAUUAAGUAAACUUGAUAUCAAAGAGCAAGUUAAAAUUAAACGUAAAUUUGAUUAAGUUGUUCUUAAAGAAUAUAAAAAACCUAUUUUAUCAAAUUAAGAACUAGCUAAAAUUAUUUCAAAAGAAUUUAACUUAUUGAUGUAAGUAGUAACUGAAUAUGAUGAUAAAUCUCCAAUAUAUUAAUUCUUAUAAUCUCAACCUAUUGCUUAGUAAUUGGUUAAAUUUAUUGCAUUAGAAAUUAUGAAAGUAAGAUAGGAAUAUGCACUUAAUCAUAAUGAUCCAGUUGAAUGUUUAGAAGAGAAUGAAAAAGUCCUUUUAAUUUCUAUUCACAUUUAUUAAAGAUUAAAUAUAUCCAAUAUUUCAAUUUAUAAGAUGACUUAUCCUGAUUUUUUAAAUUACAAAAAUUAAUAAUAUUAAAUUACAUUAGAAUAUAUCUCAAAAUAAAUUGAUUAAGAUUGGGAAAUAUAUUUUAAAUCAUUUUGCAAAGGACUUUAUUAGAGCUUUAUAUAUGAUACUAAUUUUAUCAAAUUUGGAUUAACAUCAAUCUAUGAAGCAAUGUAAGUAACAGAUAAUAAGAAUCAAUAAACAAAUUAGAAAAUUGAAGAAAAAAAAUAAAAAUAAACAGAAUUUGUUGAAAAAUAUACAAGAAAAAAGCCAGCAUAUGGAAAUUGUAAAAUUUAUACAAAAGAAAAUUUCUUUUUGUGCAAUUGUGAUGAAAAGAAAAUUAAAUGGUAUUUGAAAUAAGGAUUAGCAGAUUUAAUAAGCGAAGAUCCUCCGACUAUAUAAUUAAAAUUUGAUCCAAGUGGAUUCAAAGAGGAAGGUUCAGAUAAACCAUAAUAUAUAACAAUAGAGAGAGUAAAUUAAUGUGUAAUAUGUGGAAAAGAAAAUGAACUUCUUAAAUUUCAUGUAAAUGUAUAAUUAUUUCUAGAUUGUUCCAGUUGUUUAUAAAAAGCAUAUUCAAGGAAAGAGAUCUUAUGAUAUUGUUUGUUUGUGUUUAACAUGUCAUCAUAAGGCAAGUGCUUAAUCAGAUAAAUUAAAAGUUUUGAUAGCAGAAAAAUAUAAUAUAAAUUUAAAAUAAAAUAAAAAAGAUUCAUUACCAGAAUAAGUUAAGAAUUUAAUUAAGUCUGUAUAAGCUUUUAAUAAGAAAAACAAAAAUCUACCAAAAGAAGCCUUUUAAAAAUUUUAGAUUUAAUUUACUAAACAAGUAGAAAAUAUAAAAAAUUAAGAAUAAUUCAAUUAAAUAAAUAAAUUUGAUUUGAAUAAUUUGAAAUAUGAAGAAAAUUUAAUAAGUAUCAAUGAUGAAUAAUUUUAAAUUUUUAUUGAAUAUUUGAAUUAAAAUGAAGAAUUAUUCAAUAAGAGUGAGGAUAAUUCAGAUUAUGGUAAACAAGUUGUAGAUUAAUUAAAAACAGAAGAAGAAAUAGAGGAAUUUUUGGUUUAUUGGAGAGAUAAUUUUUUAAGUAUGAAUUGAUAUUUAAAAUUAGAUGAGAUGAAACCACAAUAUUUAAAUGAGGCAUGGGCAGUUGAUCAUAAAUUUAAAAGAACAUUCGGAGAUAAAUCGUAAUUUAAUCCAAAUAAUUAAAAAUAAUAGUAAGAAGAAAAUGAUUAAGAAUGAG